AUGUUUUCAUCCGACGCUUACUUGUCAAAAAAGAAGGAUCAUGACGACCAUGAUGAGAGACUUGCCGAAUAUAGGGAAUCGUUUGAUCUGUUCGACAAGGAUAAAAACGGCAGAAUUUCAACUAAAGAACUUAAGGCAGUAAUGAGCUCACUGGGCCAAAAUGUUACCGAUGCGGAAGUUCAACAAAUGAUUCGCCAAGUUGACUUAAAUCAUGACGGUGAGAUUGACUUUGGUGAAUUCGUGAAGAUGAUGAAUACCUGCAAACCGACGAGUGAUCUGGAGAGGCUGCAAGAUGCUUUUAGAGUGUUUGACAAGGAUGGGAACGGAUAUAUUACUGUUGACGAAAUGCGCCAGGUGAUGUUUAAUUUGGGUGAAAAGUUGACGGAUGAGGAAGUUAAGGAUAUGAUCAAGUCGGCCGAUAUUGACGGUGACGGUCAAGUUAACUUUGAAGGUACGUCUAAAAUAAUACGAUUUUCAAUCAUUAAUGCGUAG